UAAGUCGUAUCGCUAGGGCCUCAUCCUUCCAAUGGCGACUGCAAACAGGCUGAAUAGAAAGCGGGAGCAACCGUGGAGGGGGGUCAGAGCUGUGUAACCGAAAUUAAAUAAAUAUAUAUCCUAUUCUCUGUAGUCACAAAGUUAAGCCUUGCAAAAUUGUUCCACCUCUCCAAAAUCACGGCCGAUUCAAUGGCCAAAAAUCGGAACAUUUCGCUCCUUGAGUCGGAGCUCUAUUACUUGAUUUCUCGUUUUCUAACAACGGGUCCGUGUCGGAGAGCGGCUGAGGUCCUCGCGAGCGAACUAGAGGAGUAUCAGCUCUUACCCGGCAGAUUGGACUGGCUGGGAAACGAGCACCCGAGAACAUAUGAAGAUUUGGUUGCAGCCAACAGACAUAUUGCACCUGACCAUUUGCUACAGAUAUGUAAGCAGAUUGGACCCAUUCUUGACAAAGACGUGCCAUCAUGUGUCCCAGGUGUACACUCUCUCCUGGGGUCUGGAAAGCAGUCGAUGCUGAGGACAGCAAAAGACUGCGACGGUGUGCGGUUCAAUGCUUCAUCAUAUGCAGCCCUUCACCGGGGCAGACCCCCGGAGAAGCCUUUCAACUGCAAGAAACCUCCACACCUAGUGAAGGUCCAUCGAGGGAGAGAGCUGACGGGAGCGCAGCGCUUCAGCUCCGUCAACCCCGUCAGCAACUAUGAGCACAUGCGGCUGCACAGGCGGAUCCUGGGGCAUCUGUCUGCAGUGUAUUGUAUCGCAUUUGAUCGCACCGGUCUCAGGAUCUUCACAGGCUCAGAUGACUGUUUGGUGAAGAUCUGGUCUUCGUUUGACGGAAGGCUUCAUUCGACGUUACGAGGACACUCUGCAGAGAUCACAGACUUGGCGGUUAAUUACGAGAACACACUGAUUGCUGCGGGAAGCUGUGACAAGUCCAUCCGUGUGUGGUGCCUUCGUACCUGUGCCCCUGUGGCUGUGCUGCAGGGGCACAGUGGAUCCAUUACCUCCCUACAGUUCUCACCGUUUGCCAAGGGCUCCAAACGCUUCAUGCUGUCCACUGGAACUGAUGCCACCGUCUGCUUCUGGCAGUGGGACGUCAACAACAUCAACUUCAGCGAUCGGCCACACAAAUUCAUAGAGCGGCCGAGACCCGGAGUUCAGACUGUGUGCUCCUCAUUCAGUCCAGGUGGGAUGUUCUUAGCAACAGGAAGUACUGAUGACGUCAUCCGAAUAUAUUACUUGGGUGGCGGAAGUCCAGAAAAGAUAUCUGAGCUCCACGAGCACACGGAUAAAGUCGAUAGCAUCCAAUUUUGCCACUCGGGUGAAAGGUUUGUGAGCGGAAGCCGAGACGGAACAGCACGGAUCUGGAAGCUCCAUCUGCGUCAGCAGUGGAGGUGCCUCCUGCUCAACAUGUCCGCCACUCUCCCCGGUGUUGAACCAAUGAGUGAAGAGGAAAGCUACUUCAAACCCAAAGUCACCAUGGUAGCGUGGGAUCGCCACGAUAUUACAGUCAUCACGGCUGUGAACAACCAUCUCCUCAAAGUGUGGAACUCCUACACAGGACAGCUGCUACAUAUCCUUAAAGGCCAUGAGGCUGAGGUGUUUGUCCUAGAGCCGCACCCUUUUGACCCCAGGAUCAUCCUGUCUGCCGGCCAUGACGGGAACGUCUUCAUCUGGGAUCUGCUGCGAGGGACGAACACACAGCACUACUUCAACAUGAUUGAGGGCCAGGGUCAUGGAGCCGUUUUUGACUGCAAAUUUACCCCUGAUGGGCAUCGUUUUGCUUGCACAGACUCCCAUGGCCACCUGCUCAUCUUUGGCUUCGGCAGUUCCAAGCCGUAUGAGAAGCUUCCAGACCAGGUGUUCUUCCACACGGACUACCGACCGCUGAUCCGGGACACCAACGGCUUCGUGCUGGAUGAACAGACGCAGCAGGCACCCCAUCUCAUGCCCCCGCCUUUCUUGGUGGAUGUGGAUGGAAACCCCCAUCCACCAAGGUACCAGCGCCUCGUCCCGGGCCGGGAGAACAUUGCUGCUGAACACCUGGUUCCUCAGCUGGGAUACGUAGCCACCAGUGAUGGCGAGGUCGUGGAGCAGGUGAUCAGCCAGCAGACUGCAGAGCACGACGAAGUUGCGAUAAGACGCAGCAGCCUUCUGGACGAGGCCAUCCGAAAUCUCCAGCAACAACAAGACCGGCAUAGCCAGCUUGGGACAGAGUUGGCUCUGCCGGCGAUACCAGAAGGGCCAGCUGAGGCACAGGGCCACGCCUUGGCACCGAGCACGCCACGUAGAGUGUCUGUGAAUGAUCGAGCAGACGUGCAGUCACCCCCCAAUGUGGGUCUGCGCCGCAGCGGACAGGUGGAGGGCGUCCGGCAGAUGCACCAGAAUGCUCCUCGCAGCCAGAUGGCCACAGAGAGAGACCUGCAGGCUUGGAGGCGCAGGGUGGUGGUGCCCGAAGUGGCACCCAGCAGCUACAGGAUCCAGGAGCGCCUGCGAGCAGCCAGAGGAGAUGAGGAGAUGGUUCUGUAUAAUGCAAAGAAGAGACGCAUUAUCUACAGCAGCUGUCGAGUAGGUUUCAAUGAUGAUUCAGAUGAUGAUCCUCACACAGCGAAGCGAGCACACGGCCGCAGUGACGCGCUGGAAUACAUGGACUUGUCCUGCGAAGAGGGAGAGGAGACCGCAAGUUCAGAGGACAAUGAAUUGGACGGCAGUGAAAUGAAUUCCUCCAAUGAUGAGGAGUGGAACAGUGACAGCUCAAGCCACACGUCCAGCGAGUACUCGGACUGGACAGCAGACGCCGGCAUCAACCUGCAGCCCUCCACCCCCUUGUCCUCACGGAAACGAGUGCAGCGCAGGCUCAGCAGCUCUGAAGAGGAGGAGGAAGAGAAUGAUAAUGAGGAGGAGGAGGAGAAGCAGCAGCAGAGUGACGAGGAGGAAAAAGCUGGCAAGAAAAGCAAAGAGAAGUCCAAGAAAGAAAAGUACAAGUCGCCCAGGCGUCCAAAGGUCCGACUGUCCAUCAACAGAGAAGUGUCCAAUGAGUUCAGACCCUCACCGUGGAUCACCGACGUCAUUCCCAGGAAGUCUCCUUUUGUUCCCCAAAUGGGCGAUGAGGUGAUCUACUUUCGGCAGGGACACGAGGCCUACGUAGAGGCAGUGAACCGAAAUGAACUGUACCCCAUAAACCUAGACAAACAGCCCUGGAAGAAAAUGGAGCUACGGGACCAAGAGUUUGUGAAGAUCACCGGGAUCAAAUACGAAGUCUGCCCUCCAACCCUUUGCUGCCUGAAGCUGACUCUUAUUGACCACGGCACCGGCAAAAUAUCAGACAAGUCCUUUUCUGUCAAGUAUCACGACAUGCCAGAUGUGAUCGAUUUCCUCGUGUUGAGGCAAAGUUAUGACGAGGCACUCCGUAGAAACUGGCAACCAAACGACCGGUUUCGCUCAGUGAUAGACGAUGCCUGGUGGUUUGGUAGCAUUGUGUGUCAGGAGCCAUACCAGCCCGAGUACCCCGACAGUCUCUUCCAGUGCUUCAAAGUCAGAUGGGACAACGGGGAAACGGAGAAACUGAGUCCUUGGGAUAUCGAACCUAUUCCAGAUGGUGCCCAGCAGCCAGAGACAGAAGGAGGUGGUAUCCCCGUGACUGCAGAUGAGAUGAAUGAACUGAUGUACAAGCCUCUGCCUGGAGAGUGGGGGGAGAGGAGCAGAGACGCCGAGUGUGAGCGCAUCGUCGCCGGCAUCGACCAGCUCAUCACCGUCGAGAUUGCAGCUCCCUUCUCUGGUCCUGUGGACUUAGUCCAGUAUCCCACCUACUGCACUGUAAUCGCCUAUCCCACUGACCUGGGCACCAUCAGACUGCGACUCAGGAACAGGUUCUACAGGCACCUCUCGGCAUUAAUUUGGGAUGCCAGGUAUAUUGCACAUAACGCCCGCACUUUCAAUGAGCCAAGGAGCAAGAUUGCCCACUCUGCAAAACUCAUCACGAAUGUCCUCCAGAAGUUUGUCAAUAAUCCCAGCUGCACGGAUAUCAUGGAGAUUUACAAUGCUGUAGAGGAAAUGGAUGAUGAUGAUGAGGAAGAGGAUGCAGAAGCACCAGGAACCUCUUCUGGACACAGACUGCGUCAGCGCUCUGUCGAGGUGGUGCUUGACAGAGACGCCUGGAAGGAGCAGUGCAAGUAUCUGCUCACCUACAUAUUUGACUGCGAGGACUCCGAACCGUUCCGACAGCCUGUGGAUCCUCAGAACUAUCCAGAUUACCACAACAUCAUUGAUACACCAAUGGACUUUCACACGGUGAAAAGGACUUUGUUCGAAGACCGCUAUGAAAACCCUGUAGAGCUUUGCAAAGACACCCGGCUAAUAUUUGCAAACGCUAAAGCCUACACACCCAAUAAACGCUCCAAGAUUUACAGUAUGACUUUGAGGAUCUCUGCCUUCUUCGAGGAGCAAAUCAGAACAAUCAUAUCAGAGUACAAAACUGCCAUCAAAAGCAGCGAUAGGCUCCGCCGCAGUCAGAGGUUCCGCAAGAAAAUGCAGCAGCAGGAUCAGUCCAACGCCUCAAGUCAAAAGAAAGCUGCUGUAAAAACUCAGGAAAAAGUGGAGUCGACAUCAGUGACCAAAUCUACCUCAGCCAAAGUGUCUGUUCCUGAGAGAGCCAGGAGGAGUCGACGCAACAGAUCAGGUCACAGCUCCUCGGACGACGACUCCGGCUCCAAAGCUGCUUCGACACCAGAGUCUGACAGUGAGAGCGAGCUGAGUGAGGUGGAGAAACGUCGUGGCUCGUCAAGGCACCAUCAACUCAGACAGAAAGCAAGAGUUACUAGAAGCAACCGUGCCAAGCAGAGGAAAAAAGAGAGCGAUAGUGAAGAAGAGGAGGACAGUGAAGGUGAGGAUGGAGAGAUGUCCUCCCAGUCUUCACGUCGCCGCUACCCCAGCAGGAGUAAGAACAGCAGGAGCGAGACCAGCAGGAGCACACGUCUGACCAGAAACAGUGCUGGUGCAGACAGGAAGAGCACAGAGGGCAGAGCAGAGAUGAACGGUCACGGCGGCAGAUCGUCUCGCAGGGAGAGACGUCGCCACCGGGACUCUGACAGGGAAGAGGAGAUCACGGUUCGCAGCUCACUCAAGAGAAAGACGGCGAGGGCGGCUGUGAAUAAGAUGAAACUCCUUGAAGCAUUAGACGAGGAAUUUGAGGAGCAGGACGAGGAGGAAAAGCCGAGAAGGAGCAGCAGCCGCCUUCGCCACACAGGCCGGAGCAGCAAACGCACCGCGGUGAUCCAGAGCAGCUCAGAUUCUGAUGAACAGCCAUCAAGACGGGCUUCUCGGACAACAAAGGAAUCGGGUUGCGAAUCCAAGGACGAGGAGGAUGACAAUGACAGUGAGGCUUCAUCCUCCUCCCAGAAUCUGCAGAAUGGAGACUCGAGAUCCAGAAAACGGAGGACAUCAAGACAAGCUGCUAAGAAUAAGGGAAAUGUUACUUUGUCCCAUGUGAAUGGACACAGUGCAAAACAUCACAAGUCUGACAGCAACUCUGAGCAAGAGGAGGCUGCAGAGGAGAGUUCUGGAGAAGCUGAAGUUUCUGUGUCUCAGAAACGGUCUAGAAGCACAGCAACCACUCAAGCCAGGAAGAAGAGGAUUACAAGUGAGGAGGAGGAGGAGGAGGAGGAGGAGGAGGACGAGGAGGAAGAAGAAGAAGAAGAAGAAGAAGAGGAGGAGGAGGGCACUGAUCGCAGGACCACACGACACAAAGUUCCCGUCAGCUCAGAUGAAGAAGAGAAAGUCAACAGAUCUCAGAAACACUCGCACCAAAACGGAAGAAAUGUGGAGGAAGCGAUCCACAAGGACUCUAAGAAAAAGUGUAAAGUUUCACCGUCAAAAAGCCAAGAUAAACAAAAAGCUGCCUCAACUAAUAAACUGGAUGGUGCUGAAUCAGAGGAACUCAGUGAUUCUCCAAAGAGAUCCAGCCCUCGCAAAAAAAAGCUGAAAAAAGAUGAGGAACUCAAAGCAGAAAGCAAUCACUCCAGUGAGGAGUCGGAGGAUGAAACCAAGUCAAAGAGGCCAACGAGAAACAAGACCAAAUCUAAACGGCCUCGUGGCGACACUGCCGCCUCGGAGAGUUCUGAGCAGGAAUACAGACCCAAGAGGAAGUCGAGGAGGAAAUGCUCCACCGGCUCAUCAGACGAAGAGUCGAAUAAUUCAGACAAUGCAUCAAAUAGACGUCGGAAUCUCCGAGCCCUACCAAAAAAGAAAUACAUCAGUGACAACUCUCCCUCUGAGGAAGACUCUGCUUCUGCAAGCCAGCGUAAACAGGGAAACGGUAACAAAACAGCCACAGCGUCUAGAGAGGGCAGGUAUAAUACGAGAGAGUCGAACAGAACCUCACCUAAUGAAGCCAGGAAUCAGCCGUCUUCCACCAGAAAACGUAUUUACACCUCAGACUCUGAAGAUGGGGAGGAGGAAGGAAAGAAGGAGCCAGUGUCCAAGAACAAUAAAAACAGCAAGUCCGGCUCCUCAAAGCGUCCCAAAAGGGAAUCAAAACAAAAGGAGGGUAACAGCAACGAGGAAGACGCCUCUUCCCAGUCCGGUUCCAGCGAGGAGGCCGAGCAGGAAGAUGUCGGUCGUUCAAGGAGCGGGAAGAAUGCGAGGCGGCCGAAACACAAACGAAAGGAGAGCUACAGCAGCAGCAAUCGCAGCUCCGACUCGGAGAGCGCGCAUUCGUCUUCAGCCUCUGAAAACUCAUGUGCCAGCUCAGGGUCCCGCAGCAGUCCAAAGAGGAGGAGUCACGGACGGCCCGGGGUCGGGGAAAUGACUGCCGGCCGCCAGCUGAGGCGGCGCCGCCAACGGUCCGCUUCAGAGGAGAACAGCGACGAGUUGUACAGCAAAGCGCAGCAAAAGACUCGCGUGAACACUCGCAACCGGGGCAAGCGGACAGUCAGUUAUCACGACAGCGAGUAGAAGGAAGCAGCAGCUGGAGGAGAGAGGGAGACGGACAUUAACUGGAGACCUUUAAAGACACUCGAUGGCCACGUUAUGGUAGUAGCACUGGAGUCCUCGAGAGAAAAUGCUGUGAAUCUGUUUCAUUCAGGGAUAUUUAUAUUUUCUAUGAAAAACAUGUUUAUAGAUGUAAUACAAAUUCAAGCAUUUUUGAAAAAGCUGGUUUUCACAAGGAUACAGAGCAACACCACCGCCCAUACUGCUUGUUGUGAUUUUGGCCAGCAGAGUAAACCAUUCUGGGGAAUCGUGUCAGCUUGGGUGCUAAUCUAAUAUACCUCUGUUAAAAGGCUUGCACUAAGAUACACUGUAAUGAGGUAUUUCAUACACUAGUUUUGCAUUAGAAACUCAGGGGUCAAAUAAGUUUACUGUAGUCUCAGACAUGCAGUUGUUUUUUGAGCUAAAGUACGGACAAGAAACGAUUCCAGGUUGGCAGAUGUCCGAGCACACACUCACUGGACGAGUUCAUGUUCACACUUUGACUACAGCACUCCUUUGUAAAUCCACACACUUAAUGCUUGACAUGAGCCAAAUGAACGAAUAUUUAUUUUCUCCCCCCCCCCCCCCCAAAUACCAUUUUUCAUAUUUUUUUUUAUUGAUUAGUUUUGUUGUUUUCAAGUAAAUAGAUGUAAAUAGUUGAUUGAGAUUGUCUGAAAGGUUUGUUGAUCAGUCGGUAUCAAAACGUUUAUUUAAAUUUGAGCUUUUUUAUUUUUCUCUUUUUUUACAUUUACCUACAUUGUCUUGCCAUAUGUCACAAAUUGGUACCUUUUUGCCAAGUACAUGGAAACAAAAGUACUUACUGCAAAAAUGCUGUGAUUUCUCAUAUUGGGAAGACCUUUUUAUUGUUCUGCGUUGUCUACUUUCAGUAUUAAAUUGAUUUUCAGAGAUGACUUAAGACAUUUUGCCAGUCACAUGGUUUGGUUUUGUUUAUGGGGAGGUUUAUAAAUACAGUCGCUUUGACAUUUUGCUUAAUGUUUUUCAUACUACACCUUUAAUAAAUCGCUCUCACAGGAAAACUGUUAAUGCAAUGUGGUUGUGGAGUGCAAUGAAUGAGUUAUUCCUCAUAUUAAUAAAGACAUCAUUUCAAGGUG